AUGGGUGGUUCCAAAAUGUCCAGUUUGAUCAUGGCGGUGGCGUUGUUGGCUCUGUUGUCAAUCGGAACGGUGAUGGGGCAAUCGACAUCUUGCAUUACGAAGCUGGUUCCGUGCGGCGACUACCUGAACUCCACAAACAAACCUCCUUCGUCUUGCUGUGACCCUGUCAAAGAAGUGGUGACGAAGGAACUUCCCUGUCUCUGCACCAUCUACGAAACCCCUGGCCUUCUGGCUCAGGUCGGCAUCAACAUCACCCAGGCCCUUGCUGUCGCCGUCCGCUGUGGUGUCCCCGCCGAUCUCAGCACCUGCAACGCCACUGCUCCAAUUCCCUCGUCAGUGCCACCUCCACCAGGAGUACCAGGAAACGAUGGCAAUCGUGUGGGCGGGAUAGCAUGGACUGGAUUGUCUGGCAUCCUCCUGCUCUGUGCUUCGCAUGAGUCUCUUGUUUACAUAAUCAGAGCUUGGCACAAUCUAGUGCAGCCUGAUUAUAAAGCUCAGCAAGUUGAGCUUCUCGCCUUAACAACUCUUCCGAAGCGUCUCUUAAUCAGCUCGGCUGAUAACCAUGGAAGCUUAAAAAUGCGUAUCUCUAAGGAAGAACUGGAUCCAUCAAGCCAGCCCGACCUCGGGCACAAAGCUUAUUGCCCCUUCAAAUUAGAGCAGUGUUGUUGUCCAAUUGUCGGAAUGAAGAAGGUCAAUAGUUCAAAUAAAUUCAUGUCCCACAGACUUAUGAGUCUAUAUUAA